CCUCACCAUCUACCCGUAUCUGAAACCCAUCAAUUCAACUCGCCAAAAUGAGAGAAGUUAUUAGUUUGAACGUUGGUCAGGCUGGUUGCCAAAUCGCCAACUCUUGCUGGGAGCUUUACUGCCUCGAGCACGGCAUCCAGGCCGACGGUUACUUGACCGAGGAGCGCAAGAAGGAUGACCCCGACCACGGCUUCAGCACCUUCUUCUCCGAGACUGGUCAGGGCAAGUACGUUCCUCGCACCAUCUACGCGGAUCUGGAGCCCAAUGUCGUCGAUGAGGUCCGCACCGGUACCUACCGCAGUCUUUUCCACCCCGAGAACAUGAUCACUGGCAAGGAGGAUGCCUCGAACAACUAUGCCCGUGGUCACUACACCGUGGGCAAGGAGAUGAUCGACCAGGUCCUCGACAAGGUUCGCCGCGUUGCCGACAACUGCGCUGGUCUCCAGGGUUUCCUUGUCUUCCACUCCUUCGGUGGUGGUACCGGUUCCGGUUUCGGUGCUCUCCUGAUGGAGCGUCUCUCCGUCGACUACGGCAAGAAGUCCAAGCUGGAGUUCUGUGUCUACCCUGCUCCCCAGAACGCCACCUCCGUUGUUGAGCCUUACAACUCCAUCCUGACUACCCACACCACCCUCGAGCACUCCGACUGCAGUUUCAUGGUCGACAACGAGGCCAUCUACGACAUCUGCCGCCGCAACCUCGGCAUUGAGCGCCCCAGCUACGAGAACCUGAACCGCCUGAUCGCUCAGGUUGUCUCGUCCAUCACCGCUUCUCUCCGUUUCGACGGUUCCCUCAACGUCGAUCUCAACGAGUUCCAGACCAACCUGGUCCCCUACCCCCGUAUCCACUUCCCUCUCGUUGCCUACGCCCCCGUCAUCUCUGCGGCCAAGGCCUCUCACGAGUCCAACUCGGUUAGCGAGAUCACCAUGUCUUGCUUCGAACCCAACAACCAGAUGGUCAAGUGUGACCCCCGCAACGGCAAGUACAUGGCCACUUGCCUGCUCUACCGUGGUGAUGUCGUCCCCAAGGAGACCCACGCCGCCGUGGCUACCCUCAAGACCAAGCGUACCAUCCAGUUCGUCGACUGGUGCCCCACUGGUUUCAAGAUCGGUAUCUGCUACCAGCCUCCCCAGCAGGUGCCCAACGGCGACCUCGCCGAGCUCAAGCGCGCCGUCUGCAUGCUGUCCAACACCACUGCCAUCUCCGAGGCCUGGUCCGCUCUCGACCACAAGUUCGAUCUCAUGUACUCCAAGCGUGCUUUCGUCCACUGGUAUGUUGGUGAGGGUAUGGAGGAAGGUGAAUUCUCCGAGGCCCGUGAGGAUCUUGCCGCCCUCGAGCGCGAUUACGAGGAGGUUGCCAGCGACUCCCUGGAGGAUGAGGUUGAGGCCGAGUACUAGAUCUGACCGUGUUCUCGGCCGGAGUCCGGCGCGGGGUCCGGCAGGGCCGUCCGCGUGGAUGCCAUGGCUGGUCCUGAUCGUUUCCGAGUUAUUCUGUUGGGGACAGGCGUUGGCCAAGGUUAUACCAUACGAGCUGCGGGACUCUGGCUGCAUGC